GGAAGUGUCGGUGGAGGAAGCACAAUACUUCGGUUAUGUCUUGGCCAAAGGGAAAAUAACAAGGAACUCUUUUUUAUUUUCUUACCUGGCGAUGUCGUCAUAAAUAUAUCCUUGCCAUCGUCCUGUUCAGCUUCGUUUUAUUUCAGCAAAGCAUUACAGCUAACUGGCAACCGAGCGUAAUCUGUGGAGUUUCUUGAUGGACAGAGAACGCAGGUUUGACUACAUCCACUUCUAGUCUUAGCCAUGGUGUGCUGCCCAAGGCCAUGCUCCCGCUCAUCGACUUACACUCUGGCCCUUGGCCUGGGUUUCGUAUCCUUGGGGACUAGUCGUAUUCUGCUGCUCAAGUUCUCUGCCAAUGCAGAAAACAAGUAUGACUUCCUUCCUGCAUCUGUCAAUCUUCUUGCUGAGGUGCUCAAACUGCUCUUCUGUCUGGUUAUGUCAGUCAGGGUCAUAGUCAGAGAGGGACGAUCUUGCAGAGAGCUGGGCCAUUGCUCCAGUGCUUCCUUCCUCAGUUCCUUGAAGUGGGCUGUCCCUGCUUUCCUCUACUUUCUCGACAACCUCAUCAUCUUCUAUGUGAUGACCUACCUGCAGCCUGCCAUGGCUGUGUUGUACUCCAACUUUGUCAUCCUGACCACAGCUGUACUCUUCAGAAUUGUUCUGAAGAGGCGACUGUCCUGGGUUCAGUGGGCAGCAUUAGUUGUCCUUUUCCUGUCCAUUGUUUCCUUGACGACAGGAUCAGGGAGCAGCCAAAAGACCAUAGCUGUAACAGGUCUCCACUCAAAUCCCCUCUCCACCCCCUCCAACUCCUGCCUACUCUACACUCAGCUGAUGGAGCAGAUGAGGAACAGCAGUGAAUCGUGGGUGUCAUCCCUGCCUGGGCAGAGCUGGAGGGACAAUAUGGUGGGGAAGCUACGAUCUUUAGGUGUGGGUCACAUCUUGCUCCUCCUCCAGUGCUUCAUCUCUGCCAUGGCUAACAUCUACAAUGAGAAGAUCCUAAAAGAAGGAGACCAGCUGACUGAGAGCAUCUUUAUCCAGAACAGUAAAUUGUAUACCUUUGGUGUGGUGUUUAAUGUUCUGACCCUUGGGCUCGGCAGUGAGGCGCGAGGCCUCACAAUGCACUGUGGCCUCCUCCAUGGGCAUAACAUCUACUCCCUGGGUCUGGUGCUGGUCACUGCUGCCCUGGGUUUAUCUGUGGCCUUCAUCUUGAAAUUCAGAGACAACAUGUUCCAUGUGCUGACAGGCCAGAUCACCACUGUUCUGGUUACCACCCUCUCCCUCUUCCUCUUCAACUUCCGCCCUUCGCUGGACUUCUUCCUCCAGGCUCCUAUGGUCCUGCUGGCCAUCUUUAUUUACAACGCCAGCCGACCCAAGGACCUGGAAUACAGCCUGCAGCAGGAAAAACUGCGGGUCAUCAAUGGAGAGGUGUUUGAGAGAUCCAGAGGGGAUGGUGAGGAGCUGGAGCUCCUGACGAAGCCCAACACAGAGAGUGAAUCUGAGGAGGAGUCUUUGUAGUACUGACUUGCCUACAGAAUAUUUUCUUCUUCACUGCUGCUAAUAUUCAGCUACACCAUGUUUGCAGAUUGUACCCGUCAAAGCAUUUACUUGAAAUAUGUCAGCAGAUAAACGGUCAAUGCCAUUGUUGAUGAACUGUGCAAUGAACAUUUGUGAUAACAAAGGCUACUGUGUAUAUUUUGAAAUGUGCCUGUCUUUGUAUCAGUGCUGUCAAUUUACAUGUAUUUGUCAUCAGAAAGAAUUUCUAAUCGUAUGGUGGAUAAAUAAAUUUUCAGUUCAGUAAGAAAAUAAUCAAAAUUUAAUCAAGAUCAAUUAAUUUUAAGUAACACAACAUUGGACUGUAUUUUGUCAUACAGAUCUUGUGCAGAACAUAUGCGGCUUGAAACACACUGAGUAAGUGGGUCUGAUGGAGGUUACUUUCACGUUCCGGCAACGCUCUUCUAUGUUAACAAUGAUUGACAAGAAAUGGACAGAAUAUCUGACUCAGCAUAUACAGCCACAAAGUCUUUAAUGAACACGCAUCUUGCAUCUGCUGAUAUGGUUUCUUGUUGAAGUGAUGAGCUACCACACUGCCUCUCUUGGUUUUUGAUGUGAGAAGUGGGUGGCCAUCACACAUGUUCUUUCAGGUGUGUGUGCAUGUGUGUAACCUUUCUUUCUGUUCUUCCUGUCUCUCUCAACAGUACAGUUGUUUGGUUGGGAGAGGCAGUAAGAAGAACAUGAUCAUGUAAAGCUUUGUCAUGAUUCCAGCUGUUGCAGAUGAGAAAUCACAGAUCUAGAUGCCAAACCCCAAACAUAUAUAUGCAUAGACCAGUAUGUCUAGGUGACCUCUACAUUUCAAGUUUAAGUCUACUUUGUGAAAGUAGAUAAAACAGGAAGUGGUUUGUGUUCAGCUGGGAAGUAAGACUGCAAUCACUGAUGAUUUGUAACAUAUAAAGCUUCUGAAGGGCAUAACAUUGACAUAUAUACCCUAAUCAAAGUUCCCUCUAAUUUCCAUGUGUCUGAACAGACACACAAGCUCCCUGAGCACACUGAGGACCACCGUGAGCAACAUCAGAUGUGUACACUGUGGCCACACACCAGUAUCACGCCUGUUCAAAACCUUGGAUCAUAUCAAUUUACAUGGCUUAUUAAAAGAAUCAAAUUACAGCAGCAAUUUUCAUUAGUUUACUUUUAAUAUAAUUGAUUUGG